CCUGCGAUGUGCCACCUGCUAGAUCUCCAGAUAAGAGUUGUCAGAAUAGGAGCGGUAGCAGCACGAGCGUAUAUUUGAAUGAUCGCGUACUGGUGGAUCCCGAUCAACCGAGCCGGGGGUACAUGGCCGUGGUGCUCAUCUCGCGUCAAAAUCGCAACUAUGUUCUUAUAUCUCCAGCCCCUGAGUACACUUGGGUGGCAAACGACCAAGGCGUACCCGAGAAGGUAGCGUCGUGGGAGCACUGGUUGUUUUACGAGAGAAAGGUGCUGUCCCAGCCGCUCAUAGUUAUCGAACCAACGUCGGGUAUUCAGAUUAGUCCGGAAACCAUGGAGUUGCUCAGGAAGUUGAACAAUAAACGAAGUGCGGAAGAAGAAUCUGACGCGGAACAACAAGCACCACAGGAGCAGCAAAUAGAAGAUGACGAUGAUGUUUGUGCUCGUGGGAUUCUAACUGGGGAUGUACUUACACGAGUAAGAAAGCUCGUGACCGCCGCGACGCA